AUGGGUAAGAAGAUCAAGGGUAUCUUGAUUGACGCAAUAUCACUUUGCAAAGGCAUUGAAGGUACAUUUCGUCGAUACGAGCAAAAUGCUAUACCAAUGGGUUUCGUAGCACCUGGGCAAAGACUAGAUCAGCUCGAUCCAUCGUUUAUGUACACACAAUUCUUCAAAGAGAUACUGUUAAUCACCGAUUUCGAAAACAAAUAUAUUGUAGAGUUCGUCAAGUCUUGUCCUGGACUAUUAAAUCUUGACGAUAAACGAUUGAAUGAUGUUGUACAACUCGUGCGCAACUAUCGUGAAAAGAAACCGAUUUGGUGGUAUACACGAGAAGCAAUAGAGCUCUUCGAAAAAACACUCGAGUAUCAUGAGAAGGCUCGUCCAAUUCUACAACAGUCACUUCUUGGAAAUCAUCCCCAUCUGGCAUUAUCCUACAGCAGCGUCAGUGGCGUAUAUUUUGAUAUGAGAGAUUAUUCAAAAGCUUACUUAUUUUUUGAAUAUAGUAUAGAAAUUGCUAAAUAG